GAACCUGAGAAACACUUUGAACGUGGGCCCCGCACUCUCCGCAUUUCGCAUCCGGAGCUUCGGCUUCACUGCGCUCGCCCGCCACGGGCUUCGCGGAAACGCGCCAACCCUCCCCUCCGGAAGUGACGUGUCCACGGCCUAGCAACCGUUGCCAAGGAGCUCGUCUCUAGGAACCCACUAGAGCCUGGAUGCCUCCUGUGGGGGUAAAGUGGUUUCGUGAGGAGAAUUUGAGUUUAAAUUAUAAGACCUAAUUAUGAGUGAUCAAAUCAAAUUCAUCGUGGACAAUCUCAAUAAGGAACCUUUUAGGAAGAACUAUAAUUUAAUCACGUUUGAUUCCCUGGAGCCAAUGCAACUAUUACAAGUUCUCAAUGAUGUUCUGGCUGAGAUUGACCCAAAGCAAGUUGUUGAUAUCAGAGAGGAGAUGCCAGAGCAAACAGCCAAAAGGAUGUUGAGCCUUCUUGGUAUCCUUAAAUACAAACCUCCAGGAAAUGCUGCAGACAUGAGUACCUUUCGUCAGGGUCUGGUGAUUGGAAGUAAACCUGUAAUUUACCCAGUUCUCCACUGGCUUCUUCAGAGAACUAAUGAACUGAAGAAAAGAGCAUAUUUAGCUCGUUUUUUAAUAAAACUUGAGGUACCAAGUGAGUUUCUCCAGGAUGAAACCGUGGCUGAUACCAAUAAACAGUAUGAAGAUUUGAUGGAAGCCUUUAAAACUUUGCAUAAAGAAUGUGAGCAGCUCAAGACAUCUGGAUUUUCUACAGCAGAAAUAAGAAGGGAUAUCAGUGCAAUGGAGGAAGAAAAGGAUCAGCUUAUUAAGAGAGUUGAACGUUUGAAGAAAAGGGUGGAGACAGUUCAGAAUCAUCAGAGGAUGCUGAAAAUAGCAAGGCAACUUCGAGUUGAGAAAGAGAGAGAAGAAUUUCUUGCACAACAGAAACAGGAACAAAAAAAUCAGCUCUUUCAUGCAGUGCAGAGACUGCAAAGAAUACAAAAUCAACUGAAAAGUAUGCGACAUGCAGCAGCAGAUGCAACACCUGAAAGUUUAAUGAAGAGGCUAGAGGAGGAGAUAAAGUUUAAUUCAUAUAUGGUAACUGAAAAAUUUCCUAAAGAAUUAGAGAACAAGAAAAAAGAAUUACAUUUUUUACAAAAAGUGGUUUCAGAGCCUGCUAUGGGCCAUUCUGAUCUUCUUGAACUUGAAUCUAAAAUAAAUGAAAUAAACACACAGAUCAAUCAGCUGAUUGAAAAGAAAAUGAUGAGAAAUGAACCAAUUGAAGGCAAACUGUCACUAUAUAGGCAACAGGCAUCUAUCAUUUCUCGUAAAAAAGAAGCCAAAGCUGAGGAACUUCAAGAAGCAAAGGAAAAGUUAGCCAACCUAGAGAGAGAAGUGUCAGUGAAGACAAGUCAGACCCGUGAAUAUGACGGCACUGAAGUUUUGAAGGGAGAUGAGUUCAAGCGAUAUGUCAGUAAACUUCGAAGCAAAAGUACAGUUUUCAAAAAGAAGCAUCAAAUAAUAGCUGAAUUUAAAGCUGAAUUUGGUCUCUUGCAGAGGACAGAAGAACUUCUUAAGCAACGUCAUGAAAAUAUUCAACAUCAACUGCAAACUAUUGAGGAGAAAAGGGGUAUAUCUGGAUAUAGUUAUACCCAAGAAGAACUAGAACGAGUGUCUGCUCUGAAGAGUGAAGUUGAUGAAAUGAAAGGACGAACACUGGAUGACAUGUCUGAAAUGGUAAAAAAACUGAAUUCCCUGGUAUCUGAAAAGAAGUCAGCUCUAGCUCCAAUUAUAAAAGAACUACGACAAUUGCGUCAGAAAUGCCAAGAGUUAACCCAAGAGUGUGAUGAAAAGAAAUCCCAGUAUGAUAGCUGUGCCGCAGGCCUUGAAAGCAAUCGGUCCAAAUUAGAACAGGAAGUCAGAGGGCUCCGUGAGGAGUGUCUUCAAGAAGAAAGUAGAUACCAUUAUAUAAAUUGUAUGAUUAAGAACCUAGAAGUACAACUUCGUCGUGCUACUGAUGAAAUGAAGGCAUAUGUCUCCUCUGAUCAACAAGAAAAAAGAAAAGCAAUUAGGGAACAAUAUACCAAAAAUAUUGCUGAACAGGAAAAUCUUGGAAAGAAACUCCGGGAAAAACAAAAAGCUGUACGAGAAAGUCAUGGUCCAAAUAUGAAACAAGCAAAAAUGUGGCAUGAUUUUGAACAAUUGAUGGAAUGUAAGAAACAGUGCUUUCUGAAACAACAAACCCAAACUUCCAUUGGUCAGGUAAUUCAGGAGGGAGGAGAGGACCGGCUGAUACUCUGAGUUCAUGUGCCAUUGUUUGGGGCGUCAGUUGAUGCUGCUAGCUAUAAGUAAAAUCCCAUGGUGUGUUUCUUUUUUUUUUGAAAGUGAUUUGUUCAACAUUUUGCUUUCAGAUUAGCCAUUCCCUAUUAAGUUCUCAUGGAAAAUAAUGCUAAGGUAGAUUUAGGUUUUAAAAGUUUCUAAUAUGAAAAAGAGGCUUUUACUAUUUCGCUUAGUUUAUACAUCAGUGGUGUCUUCUGUUUUAUAAGACAAGAGACUGAGUUUACUAUCUGUAAAUGUAAACACAUGUCCAUUAAGAAACAUGUAAAUUUUUGUUUGAACAUAAUAACCCAGUGGCUUAAUGUUUUUCUUAAUCUUUUUUUAACUUUAGAGAAAUCUUUUAGGAAAUAAUAUCUCUUGUUUUGAAGAAACAUUUAUCUGAAGUUCAGCAAUUCCUACAGUUUCACUUCAGUUUCUUUUUCUUCUGUACAAUUCAAGAACAUUUAAUAUUUUGAAUCACAUAUUUGUUCUAUUUGUGUUGUUUAAAGGCAAAUAAAACUUGGUGCACAUA